UCCGAAAACAAACUGGCACGGCGCAGGCGCCUCGGAAAGGGGGCGGGGCCGGACGGCGCCACGGUGCGCAGGCGCAGCCGUCGGUGGGUCGGGGUUCGGUCGCUUGUGAGAUCCUGAACACCUGUGUUGCCCCUGCCUGUCUCAAGAUGGACAACCGGAAGCGCCUGGCCUAUGCCAUCAUCCGGUUCCUGCAGGACCAGCUCCGGCAUGGUGGACUCUCGUCCGAUGCCCAGGAGAGCUUGGAAGUCGCCAUCCAGUGCCUGGAGACUGCCUUCGGGGUGACUGUGGAGGACACUGACCUGGCACUCCCCCAGACUCUGCCCGAAAUAUUUGAAGCAGCUGCCAGUGGCAAGCAGGAGAAGCCACAGGACCAGAGACCCCCUGAGCACACCCCGCCUUCUGACGAGGACUCAGCGGAGGCAGAACGCCUCAAAACGGAAGGAAAUGAGCAGAUGAAAGUGGAGAACUUUGAAGCUGCCAUCCACCUGUAUGGAAAGGCCAUCGAGCUCAACCCUGCUAACGCUGUCUACUUCUGCAACAGAGCCGCGGCCUACAGCAAGCUGGGGAACUACACAGGGGCUGUGCAGGACUGCGAGCGCGCCAUCUGUAUCGACCCAGCCUACAGCAAGGCCUAUGGCCGCAUGGGCCUGGCGCUGUCGAGCCUGAACAAGCACGCUGAGGCUGUGGCCUACUACAAGAAGGCCUUGGAGCUGGACCCUGACAACGAGACAUACAAGUCCAACCUCAAGAUCGCCGAGCUGAAGUUGAGGGAGGCACCGAGUCCGACGGGUGGUAUGGGCACCUUCGACAUCGCCGGCCUGCUCAACAACCCCAGCUUCAUGAGCAUGGCAUCAAACCUGAUGAACACCCCCCAACUCCAGCAGCUCAUGUCUGGGAUGAUUUCCGGCAGCCACAACCCCUUGGGAACUCCGGGCACCAGCCCUUCGCAGACUGACCUGGCCAGCCUGAUCCAGGCGGGUCAGCAGUUUGCCCAGCAAAUGCAGCAGCAGAACCCGGAGCUGAUUGAGCAGCUUAGGAGUCAGAUCCGCAGCCGGACCCCCAGCGCGAGCAAUGAUGAGCAGCAGGAGUGACAGCAGCCAACCAGCACCAUCCUGUCCUGGCUUGCUGGCAGCCUUCUGGUAUUUUGCCAUUUUCUCCCGUCGGACUGCCCAAGAGAGAAAAAGAAAGAAGUUGGACCUGCAUGUUAAAUGGCUCCCCCCUCCUCGUUUUUUUUCUCUGCCCCCCCCCCUUUUGUACCAUUCUUCCGGCCCCUUGUCCUGCAUUGAGAGCAGAGCCAGCGAGCUGAAUGUAGACCAGUGCUGGCUUCCCCCAGUCCCAGUUGUUCUAGAAUUUUCUAGAAUCUUGGGAGUACUCCCUUGAGCAACUUGGGGGAAGUGGCAGGUGUGAGGAGGAGCCAUGUGGCACACAUCGGUGGCCUGGAGAGGCCAGGACUUGAGGAGUAGACCUCGGGCCAGGCCUGGGCCCCUGGGAGCCCUCACUGCCAGCGCCACCCGGGUGCCAGCGCCGCCUGGGUGCCAGCGCCCAUGGACCACACGUGUGCUCUCUUGGCAAACGUGGCUUCCGCACAUCGAGCCUCAUGGACGCAGGACGGCCUCAGCAGCUCCUUCCUGCCGCGCAUGUGCGGACAGCUGUGCACCCACCUUCCCACCUGGUCCAGUUCUCAUGGCCAGUUGCCAUACGUGACCUUCUGUUCCCAGGCAUGGGAGAGACCAGGAUACCCCGGCCUGCCUGCGUCCCCUCCCACAGCCCUCACCCCGUGGCAUCCAGCAGGCCCAGGGACUUCAGAGAGCUCUCCCCUUCUGCUUGAGGAUGGGGGGCCUGGCACCACCCCUUAACCCUGAAAAGGCCACCAGAGUGAAAAGCCUGCCCAGGAAACGUCACCGUGAUGUCCUUGCGGUCUUGUGGCAGUUCCAUGGUGACCAGGCUGUGUGUAGCCAUGUGCAAGGUAGAGACAGAACUGUGUGUGUGUGUAGGUAGCCGGUAGGAAGGGGCCACGGCCACCACCAAGCCCCAACGGGGUGGGCUGUGGGCCACAUGCUCCAUGCUGAGGUGAUCAGUGUGGGAAUAAAGCGACAUCAUGACCUCUGUUA